AUGGGUAAGUCUAUAGAGUUGGCGAAUAUUCUCCAGAAGAGGAAGGUCAAUAUAGAGUGUGUCCAGGAGACUAGGUGGGUAGAAAUGAAGACGAGGGACGCGGACGGGUAUAGAUUAUGGUACUCUGGAGUCAGGAAAGGUAAGAAUAGAGUGGGAAUUUUGGUGGAUAGGGAUCUUAGAGAGUCUGUGGUGGAGGUUAGGCUGGUGAGUGAUAGAUUAAUGACUAUUAAGUUAGUGGUUGGAGAGUGCACCAUAAAUAUCAUUAGUGCUUACGCGCCGCAAUCGGGCUUGGAUGAAGAGGUUAAAAGACGAUUUUGGGAGGAGUUGGAUGAGAUUGUACGUGGUAUUCCACCUGCUGAGAGGCUAUUUAUAGGAAGGGAUUUCAAUGGUCAUAUUGGGUCGACUGCUGAUGGCUAUGGAGAGGUGCAUGGCGGAUUUGGCUAUGGGGAUAAGAACGGAGGAGGUACUUCGCAGUUGGAUUUCGCUAAGGCUUUUGAGCUGGUGAUUGCGAACUCUAGUUUUUCAAAGAGGGAGGAGCAUUUGGUAGUCCCGCGAUCGCGAAGGAGGCUGAUGAAGGGCCCCUGUUUUUCUCUUCGCGAACGCGAGGAGGCAUACACAAACGCGGAGAAGGACCUGGUCCUACUUCGCGAACGCGAAGGAGGCUGGGAGUGGGAUGGCUGUGAGGCAGAAGGCCUUCGCGAACGCGGGGGUGGAGCGCAAACGCGAAAGGUAGGGUCAGAUGGGCAUCGCGAACGCAAUCAGGCAGUCGCGAAAGCGUAA